AUGUCUCGUUACGCCGAAGCUCACGUCUCCCCCGAAGGUCCUGGUGAUGCUAGACCAACUGCUCUCCAGGUCGUCCAAGAUGAAGGAAUGACCGACAAGCUCAAGAACAAGGUCAUUGUUGUCACCGGUGUCUCCUCCGGUCUUGGUGUCGAGACCGUCCGCGCUCUGUCCACCACAGGAGCCCCCUUCUACCUCACUGCCAGAGAUCUCACCAAAGCCAAAAAUGCGCUUGACGGCAUCUUUGAGCCUUCUCGCAUGAAACUCGUCGAGAUGGACCAGACCUCCCUCAAGAGCGUCCGAGCUGCGGCAAAGAUCAUCUUGGCAGAUACCGACAAGAUCAGCAUCCUCAUCAACAAUGCUGGCGUCAUGGCCAUCCCCGACUUGCAGCUCACCCAAGACGGCCACGAAAUGCAAUUCGGCGUCAACCACCUCUCUCACUUCCUCUUCUUCCAACUCCUCAAGCCCGCUCUUCUCGCCGGCAGCACCCCUGAAUUUGCCAGCCGCGUGGUCAAUGUUUCUUCUUCUUCUCACCGUAUGCACGGCAUCCUCGCCUCGGACAACUAUGAUUUCCAGAAGGGAGGCUACGACAAGUGGGUGUCCUACGCCCAGUCCAAGACUGCAAACGUCUACAUGGCCAAUCAGAUUGAGCGUCUGUACGGCGCGCGCGGCCUUCACGGGCUGAGUCUUCACCCUGGCGGCAUCACUACCGGCCUGAUGCGAUACUUUACUGAGGAGGAUACGAAGGGUAUGAUGGCGUCGUAUGGCCCCGAGAUUCUUAAGGUGAUGAAGAGUCCUGAGCAAGGUGCUGCGACACAGGUGUGGGCGGCGAUUGGUAGGGAGUGGGAGGGCAAGGGAGGAAAGUAUCUGGCGAAUGUUGCGGUGGCGGAGACUGGACCUGAUGAUGGGAACAUGAUGAGCUCGACUACUGCAGGCCAUACGUACAAUGCUGAGGAGGAGGCUAGGCUUUGGAAGGAUUCGCUGAGGAUUGUUGAAUUGGAAGAUGAGGAGUAG